AAUAAUUGUAAAUAUAAUAUCUAAUAAGAUAUUUAUUUAACUUGCAGAACAUGGACAUCUCUGAUAUUUCUGACCUUUCAUUGUCGAGCGAGGAGGAAAAUGUCGUCCCCAGGGUUAAUCACAGAACCAGGAUGAAUCCUAUGACACACUACAGUGAUAGUGAAUUCAAGCAACGAUACAGUGUAUCCAAAGAAGUUGUGGCAGAAUUAGUGGGACUAAUAGAUGGUAUAGAACCAACAACCAAAAGAAACAAAUCUAUUAAUGCCAUUGAGCAGAUCCUACUGACAAUCAACUUUUAUGCUACUGGAGGGUUCCAAGUGACUGUAGCUGAUAAUGGGAGAGUGCACAAAUCAACAGCAUGUCGCAUCAUCAAGAGAAUAUCUCUUGCUAUAGCCAGGUUAGGCCAGUUUUUAUAAAGAUGCCAGCAACAGCAGAGGAGCGCCUGCGUGUUAAAUCUGGAUUUUACGCAUUGGCUAAUUUUCCCAACGUGAUAUGUGCUGUUGAUUGUACACACAUCAAAUAUCAGUCAGUUGGAGGUCCAAGAGCAGAACUGUUCAGGAAUAGGAAAGGAUACUUUUCUUUAAAUACUCAAGCUGUAUGUGAUGCACAGCUGAGGAUUCAAGAUAUCAUUUGUAGAUGGCCUGGUUCUGUGCAUGACACAACUAUUUUCAACGAUAGCCACAUACGUGCUGAUUUUGAGAAUGGUGUGUAUGGGAAUGACUUUCUCUUGGGAGAUAGUGGAUACCCAUGUCGAACUUACCUUUUGACUCCAUUUUUGCAGCCCAGAACAAAUGGUGAGGAAGCCUACAAUAGAGCACAGGUAGCCACAAGAAAUCCUAUAGAAAGGUGUUUUGGAGUUUUAAAAAGGCGUUUUCCUUGCCUAUCUAUGGGGUUACAGGUAAACUUAGAUACAGCAAUGAACAUUGUUGUGGCCUGUGCUGUAUUGCAUAAUAUAGCUCUCAAUUAUAAUGACAAUAUUGAGGAUAUGAUAGAUAUUGAAGCUGCUAUUCCUGAGGAGAUGCAUGAGAUUGCUGGAAGAAAUGAGAAUGCAACUGUACGUUCAUCUCUAGUAGCAACUCAUUUUAAUAAGUGACCUCUUUUCUUUGUAUUGCGCCGCAUAGCAUUUGUAGGUGGUCCAGCCGAUAUACAUGAAACAGCUGAUGUGGAUAGUACAUCAUAAGUGGAUGGUACAGCAGAUGUGGAUGUAGAUGGUAGAUUGCCCACUGUGUACAGUACAGCUGAUGUGGAUGGUACAGCAUAAGUGGAUGGUACAGCAGAUGUGGAUGUAGAUGGUAGAUUGCCCACUGUGUACACUACAGUGGAGCAUUGAUUUAUAGACACAUCCCUAUUGUCCAUUUCGGUGUAGUCAUUAACCUCCACUUCAACAUCUUGUGUAGCUAUAAAAAAUAUCAAUUGUUUUAAAUAAAUUUAAAAUUUAAUUACUUAAUU